GCGCCCAGGCCAGCUCGCCGCGCAGGCGCAGUGGGCCGGACUCGCCAUGCCGACUGUCAGCCUGAAGCGGGAUUUGCUCUUCCGAGCCCUGGGCCGGACCUACACUGACGAAGAAUUUGAUGAACUAUGUUUUGAAUUUGGCCUGGAACUUGAUGAAAUUACAUCUGAGAAGGAAAUUAUAAGUAAGGAACAAGGUAAUGAAAAGGCACAGGGGGCCUCUGAUGUUGUUCUCUACAAAAUUGAUGUCCCUGCCAAUAGAUAUGAUCUCCUAUGUCUGGAAGGAUUGGUUCGAGGACUUCAGGUCUUCAAAGAAAGGAUAAAGGCUCCAGUGUAUAAACGGGUAAUGCCUAAUGGAGAAAUCCAGAAAUUGAUCAUCACAGAAGAGACAGCUAAAAUACGCCCGUACGCUGUUGCAGCGGUUCUCCGAAACAUAAAGUUUACUAAAGAUCGAUAUGACAGCUUCAUUGAACUUCAGGAGAAGUUACAUCAGAACAUUUGCAGGAAAAGAGCCUUGGUUGCUAUUGGUACCCAUGACUUGGACACUUUGUCAGGCCCAUUUACUUAUACUGCGAAGAAACCUUCCGAUAUCAAAUUCAAGCCUCUAAAUAAGACCAAGGAGUAUACAGCCUGUGAACUGAUGAACAUAUACAAGACUGACAACCACCUUAAACAUUAUUUACAUAUAAUUGAAAAUAAACCUCUGUAUCCGGUUAUCUAUGAUAGCAAUGGUGUCGUCCUUUCAAUGCCUCCAGUCAUCAAUGGAAAUCAUUCCAAAAUAACAGUAAAUACUAGAAAUAUAUUUAUUGAAUGCACAGGGACUGACUUUACUAAGGCAAAAAUAGUUCUUGAUAUCAUUGUUACCACGUUCAGUGAAUAUUGUGAGAAUCAAUUUACGGUUGAAGCAGCUGAGGUAGUUUUUCCUAAUGGAAAAUUACAUACCUUUCCAGAACUGACUUAUCGAAAGGAGAUGGUGAGAGCUGAUCUAAUUAACAAAAAAGUUGGGAUCAGAGAAACUCCAGAAAAUCUUGCCAAGCUUCUGACCAGGAUGUGUUUAAAGUCAGAAGUCAUAGGCGAUGGGAAUCAGAUUGAAAUUGAAAUCCCUCCAACCAGAGCUGACAUUAUCCACGCCUGUGAUAUCAUAGAAGAUGCAGCUAUUGCUUAUGGAUAUAACAACAUUCAGAUGACUCUCCCGAAAACAUACACCAUAGCUAAUCAAUUUCCCCUAAAUAAACUCACAGAACUCCUGAGACACGACAUGGCAGCUGCUGGAUUCACUGAGGCACUUACCUUUGCUCUGUGCUCCCAAGAGGAUAUUGCUGAUAAACUGGGUUUGGAUAUCUCUGCAACAAAGGCAGUCCUCAUAAGUAAUCCUAAAACAGCUGAAUUUCAGGUGGCACGCACUACCCUUCUUCCUGGCCUCCUAAAGACCAUAGCUGCGAAUCGGAAGAUGCCCCUUCCUCUGAAACUGUUUGAAAUCUCUGACAUUGUAAUAAAAGAUUCUAGCAGAGAUGUAGGUGCAAGAAACUACAGGCAUCUCUGUGCCGUUUAUUACAACAAGAAUCCUGGGUUUGAGAUAAUCCAUGGGCUUCUGGACAGAAUCAUGCAGCUACUUGAUGUGCCUCCUGGCGAAAAGAAGGGAGGAUAUGUGAUCAAAGCAUCAGAAGGCCCUGCAUUCUUCCCCGGGCGAUGUGCUGAAAUCUUUGCCCGGGGUCAGAGCAUCGGGAAGCUGGGGGUCCUUCAUCCUGAUGUUAUCACCAAAUUCGAGCUGACCAUGCCCUGCUCCUGCGUGGAAAUCAACAUUGAGCCGUUUUUGUGAAGAUGGGUCUCUGUUGUGUGAUUCUCGCCCCGAGGGUCCCUCUCUCCUCCUAGGUGCCCUUUAGUUGUCCCCACAGUAAGUAAGUCCACUUGUGCUUGUGCAUUAAUGUUGAAUAAAGUAGAAAGCAGUGUCUGGCUCCGUGGGUGGUACUGCCAUCCCCCCAUCAGGCCAGCUUGUACUGCACAAAUGUG